GAUUUUGACCUCCAUGCAUGAUUGUGUUAUAUAUGUAUCUUAUCUCAGUGAAAUAAGAAAUACUUGGCGUCUAUAUCUAUAAAGAGGACCACGAUUCAUUACCAAAAUGCAAUUUCAUUUAUUAGUGUUGAUAUUGCCCAUACUUGGAGCGUCGGGAGCAUCGUAUCUGUGUUACAAAUGUUCAUAUGAGAAGCUGUACAAUGUAAAUGAGUUCUGGAAUCAGAAAGCAUGUAUGGAUGAUCCUGCAUCGUUAGGGGUCAGUGCCCAUGUAGCCUGUAACUCUACAAGUUACUGUACAUAUCAAGAAAUGUACGAUAAAAAUAGAAAGGUCGUCACGAGUUUCUUCCGAAAUUGCGGCCCUUCUCAAGGAAACACAUGUGUAGAGGACUGGACUCACGUGACCUGUUCAGGAACAUGCAAGGGUAGCUUUUGCAACAGAAAUGAAACAGGGACCCACUAUCAAAUACAUUUCGGAUAAAAAAAAAUGCUUGAUAAUAUUUCGUGAUUUAUUCAUAAAAGAAAGAUAUAAAAUAAAAUUAUAAAAGAAAGCAA